CACACCUACACCCACAACAGCACCGCCCACACCGAGAGGGAGGAGGAGGAGAUCCUGUCGGUGACCUACGAGGACGGCCGCUGGAGCAAGCCGUACUUCGACUGUGGUGGCGGCAACAUCUGGAUGAUGACCUACACCGUACCUUUCUUCGGCUACGCCAACCGCUCCUACUAUUUCAAGGGCACGAGCGGCAUCGACAUCGACCUCAGACGAGUCGACAUCGACCAGUGUCCCUUGCCGCCUGGCUCGACUGCUCUCAACAUUUUUGCGAACUCCGACAAAUGCAAGAAAAGGACUACGAAGUGUAUGACCAUCCCUGGUCUGGGGUUCCGGCGGGGCAGCUACCGCUGCGAGUGCCGCCUGGGCUUCUACUUCCCCGACACCGCCUCCCUCAACAAGUACUACAACGGCUCCAUCAUCGAGGAAGAGUUCGAGAAGAAGAUCAUGGGGGAGGUCUCGGUAUACGACGAGGAGGGCAGCUUCGAGUGCCUGCCAUGCGCUGAGGGCUGCGAGACGUGCGUCGACGACAGCCCCUGCGUCGUCACCCUCCACUGGGUGAUGCGCACUGCCAUCCUCACCCUGGCCGUCUUCAACAUUGUCAGCCUCCCGGUCAUCGUCGUCUUCACCUGGAAGUACAGCAACCUCAAGGUGAUUCGAGCAGCCAGCCCUGUGCUUCUGUGCAUCAUCAUCCUGGGAGCCUGCUUCAUCUACUCCACGACCCUGGUACUCUACCCCAUCCCGACCAUCGUCACCUGCAGCCUCAGAGUGUGGCUGAGAGAGAUAGGCUUCUCCCUGGCCUAUGGAGCUCUCAUGCUGAAGACCUGGAGGUAAGUCCCUGGCAAUUAUAACGGGUGGGGACGGGGGUGUUGUUCUACGUGUUGAGGGUGUUUGAUGUAAGGGAGUAACU